GACCGCGCGAGCAGCGGGGUCACGAGCGCAGCUGCGGGUUUGGGGGGCCCCCGUCAUCACUGCGCACUCCUCGCCUCCCUGGCAGAGAUCCAGUAACCAUGGGUUACCCUAUCAGUCAGGGGACCCGCUGCCUCCCCUCUGCCAAAGCUCUAUAAAAGGGACCCGUCCGGGAAAGGCGGCCAGGAGGCAGCCCCAGAGAAGGCGCCGCUCCCGCCGCUGUUAACCCUUUUCCUCACGCCGCGGCGCAAAGGCUGUCGGACAUGGCUGUCGGAUUCCGGCGCUGCCAGCUCGCCCUGAUCUUCUGGGCCGCCCUGGGAGGGGAGAGCAGGGUCUUCGAGGGGCGGCAGGACGCCUUCGCGGACGGGCCGGUCCUGCUGUUCAACCAGGAGCUGAAAAGGCAACUCUCGGGCGAGCAGAUCUACCGUCGGACGCUGCGAUGUCUUGACAUGCUAAGUAUAGAAGGGCAGUUCACCUUCACUGCAGAGCAACCCCAGAUGCAUUGUGCAACAUUCUUCAUAGGAGAACCAGAGGAGUUCAUCAGUAUAGAUUUUGACUUUGUCAACAUUGACUGUCAAGCUGGAGAUUUCUUGAAGGUUUUUGAUGGCUGGAUACUGAAGGGUGAGAAGUUUCCUAGCUCUUCGGAUCACCCUCUCCCCACUUCCGAAAGGUAUAGAGAUUUCUGUGAAGCUGGAGCUAGCCCAACCACUAUCAGGUCAUCUCAGAAUGUUGCCAUGAUCUUCUUCAGGAUUCAGGAUGCAGGGAACGGAUUCACCUUAACAAUAAAGAAGCAGCCUAAUCUUUUCCCUUGCAAUAUCAUCUCCCAGACUCCAAGUGGAAGGUUUACGAUGAUAGUUCCUCAUCAGCAUCGGAAUUGCAGUUUUUCCAUUAUCUACCCAACAUUGAUAAAAAUAUCUGAUCUUAGCCUGGGGCAUCUGCAGGGCUUUCACUUGAAGAAACCAACUGCUGGUUGCAGGGGCGCUGGAGAUUUUAUGGAAUUGCUGGGAGGAAAUGGGUUAGACCCUUCUAAGAUGCUUCCAUUGGCUGAUCUUUGCCAUUCUUUCAGUGGCCCUGCUCAAAUGAAGAUUGGCUGUGACAACACCGUACUGCGGUUAGUCUCAAGUGGAAAACAUAUCAAUCAAGUAACCUUUGAAUAUUACCAGUUGGAUCAAUAUGAACAGGAAAACAACAGCCUCAACGAAUUUUGUCUUUCAAGCAUUUGAAAUAUUGGACAAGUCUCUCUUCCUGGAACAUAUUAAUUCUGAGCAGCUAAAUUGGUGAAACACUUCUGCUGUCUGAGCACUUAUCUUUUCAUAUGAAAUCAUUAUUUCCAUGAACAUGAUUAGAAGAGUAUUACUCAUAGCAUUUGCAAUACGUUGUCUUUUUCCUGUCUUUAGGAAUAUUGAAUAUACCCAAGACAUGCAAAUCUGUACAGAUUCCAAAAGCUGUCUUUAGACAUACUUGCAUCCAUUUAAUUCAAAUGUGGUAUGUUGUUGCUGCAUCAGGGUGCCUGUUUUAGAGGAGCCAUGAAUGUUCAAAUACAUGCACAAUUUUUUAUUUAUUUAUUGUGCACGUACUUAUUUUAGAACAUUGUUUAAUUCAAUUUGCAGUUGAAUUAAGGUGUCUCUUUAGGUGUCAGAAGUAGAAAGAUUCACGUAAAGAAAAAUGACAUUACAAUUUUAUAAGAGAAUAUUACAGUGCAUAAAUUUAAUUGCCAGUUAAUUUAUUUACACAAAUGUAUAUUCAGUUUUUAAUAAAAAUUUAUAGCAUGAAAAAAGAUUUUGCUUUUAUCUGUUUAACAUAAUAAAUACAUUCAUAGUAUUGAC